CCCAGGCGGACUGCCUAGGGCGCACGACCGGACCUAGGCGCAGGGACUUUUGCACAGUGCUUCUGUGGACAACCGCCAGGACACAGCAGCGACAUCUCCGCGGCGGGCGGCAGACAGCCCAUGGAGCCCGGGCUGCUGCGGCCAGCGCCGGUGAGCGAGGUCAUUGUCCUUCACUACAACUACACCGGCAAGCUCCGCGGGGCGCGCUACCAACCCGGCGCCGGCCUGCGGGCGGACGCCGUAGUGUGCUUGGCUGUGUGCGCCUUCAUUGUGCUGGAGAACCUGGCUGUGCUCUUGGUGCUGGUCCGCCACUCUCGCUUCCAUGCGCCUAUGUUCCUGCUCCUGGGUAGCCUCACCUUGUCGGACCUGCUCGCCGGGGCCGCCUAUGCCACCAACAUCCUGCUAUCCGGGCCGCUCACGCUGCGCCUGUCUCCUGCGCUCUGGUUUGCGCGCGAGGGGGGCGUCUUCGUGGCGCUCUCCGCGUCCGUGCUGAGCCUCCUGGCCAUUGCUCUAGAGCGCCACCUUACCAUGGCCCGUCGGGGACCCGCGCCCGCCGCCAGUCGCACUCGCACGCUAGCGAUGGCGGUGGCCGCCUGGGGUGUGUCGCUGCUGCUCGGGCUGCUGCCGGCGCUGGGCUGGAACUGUUUGGGACGCCUGGAAGCCUGCUCCACCGUGCUGCCGCUCUACGCCAAGGCCUAUGUGCUCUUCUGCGUGAUGGCCUUCCUGGGCAUCCUGGCUGCCAUCUGUGCGCUCUAUGCAAGGAUUUACUGUCAGGUACGGGCCAACGCGCGUCGCCUGCGGGCAGGACCUGGGUCCCGCAGAGCCACCUCGUCCUCGCGAUCCCGGCACACUCCGCGGUCUCUGGCCCUGCUCCGCACGCUUAGCGUGGUGCUCCUGGCCUUCGUGGCCUGCUGGGGACCCCUGUUUCUCUUGCUAUUACUGGAUGUCGCGUGCCCGGCCCGCGCGUGUCCCGUACUCCUGCAGGCGGAUCCUUUCCUGGGUCUAGCCAUGGCUAACUCGCUGCUGAAUCCCAUCAUCUACACUUUCACCAACCGAGACCUGCGCCACGCGCUCCUGCGGCUGCUCUGCUGUGGCCGCGGACCCUGCAACCAAGACUCCUCCAACAGCUUGCAGCGAUCCCCCAGUGCUGUUGGGCCUUCCGGUGGUAGCCUGAGACGCUGCCUGCCACCAACCCUGGAUCGCAGCUCUAGUCCAUCAGAACACUCGUCUCCCCAACGGGACGGGGUGGACACCAGCUGCUCCACCUGCAGUCCCGGAGCAGCAACCGCCAACCGGACCCUGGUCUCUGCUGCUACAGACUGACGCUUCCCAAUCCACUGUCGCCCUUUGCAAGAGCAGACUGACUUGCCAAAUAGGCGCAUCAUCUGUAGGAAAUAGCCAAUGGAUUGACCACCCCAUAACGGGAACAGAUAAAACUGCACGCCGGCUCUGAGAUGGACAAUAAGGAAAAGAAGAAAGUGAUGGGAAGGCAUCCAGGUAGUGAUGUAAUCUGAGCUGGGAAGCCCUCAAGGAGAGCCACUCAGUGUGGCGGCAGCAGAAACUGAGGAGCAGCAGAGCUGGGUGACAGGAGAUGAAAGGGCAGGUUGUAGGGAAAUCUUGUUGGUUCUGAGAAGUGGGAACCAUAGAGAAUUCUAAACAAAGCGGGGACUCUCCUGGAUUCAGACCUCCACAGGUGCCCUGUGACUACCGGAGUUCACGGAGGACGGCUGGAAGACGAAGGGAUAAAGGGAAGGCUGCAAGUAUGCUCAGGACCAGGUGAAGUCUAGAUAGAGUGUGCUAAGGGCUGGCAGGACAGUGGCUGGAGUGAGACAGAGCUGUGGAGAAAGGCUAGGUAAGCCCAGGUCCAAAACUUUGGCUCUGGAGACUUAGCCAGAUACCAGCUGCCAAACUUCCAGUGUGGACAGGUUCUUCAUGCAGAUUACAACCACAAUAAAAAAACAAUUCAAGGAGCUGUCCUUAACUGUGAUCUUUCAAAAUCUAUUUGUUUCUAUCCAUCCAUCUAUUUAUUUUCCCCAGAAAGCUGUAACUGUCGUCAUCUUUUAAAGUGUCUAUUUAUUGGGGUUGGAGACCUAAGAACACAUGUUGCUCUUGCAGGGGACCUGUGUUCCAUUCCUAGCACCCAAGUGGUGAUUAUCAACCAUUGGCAACGUCAGUUCCAAGGUAUCUGACGCCCUCAUCUGACCUUGGAGGGUACCAGGCGUGCGCUCAGUACACAGAAUGAAUGCAGGCAGAACACUCAUACACAUAAGCUAAAUAAAUCUUUUAAAAACGUU